CCGUCGGGUGCACAGAGGGAUCUACAGGACGCUGCUCCUCCCGGACAGACAGACCGGGAUCUCUGCUCUCCUCUCCGGCCGGUUCUCCCCCGUCUCUCCGCGGAUCCUCACCGGGUUUACGUCUCUGUUUUCGGGCUGUGUUUCUCCGUGAACCGAGCGGAACCCUUUCUCUACUUCCCGGUGAAGGUUACGCACAUCAGUCAUGGAUUUACCGGAACACAUUACCGAGGAGGCUCUGAACUGAAUACCGGACCGGGAUUAGAGACAUAACCAUUAUAUAAUAUCACCGGAGCGACUUUAGGACGCUGAGUGAACCCGGCGACCGUGAACGCACCGCGGAGCGUUCUGUGUGAUCCGCCGCUACAAAGUGUGCAGCGGUCAGAAGAUCAGAGCGUUUCAUUAGUAAACUAACUUCCGGUGGGGAUAAAGUUGGUCGGUUCUCUCGGGUCGUAAAGGUCACUGGUGCUCCCCCCACAUCUCUCUCUCUCUCCUGUGUUAUGAAGAUGUGACUCCCCCCCUCCCUCGCUCUCCUCUUUGAUCUGCUCCUCUCACUCCGCCGCUCAGAGAUCAAAGGCUCUGCUCCUCUCUGGAUGUUUGACAGCGGGGAUGUGGUGGGCUUCAGCCCGGGAUCCGGCCCUGGGCCCGGGUCCUUCCUCAGCAUGGACUACUACCACCGCCCCCCGGGGCUCGGGCCGGAGAAGGGGCUCCUGCCCGGGGUGGGGGCGGGGGGCCUGCAGCGGCCCUUCGGAGGCUCCCUGGUGAGCGGCCGACACUGGAGCGGAUCCAGCCACUCUAUAGAGACGGAGAGCACCAGUUCAGGAGAGGACCUCCUCGUCCCGAGCCCUCCUUCACCCCCGCCUCCGCCCCGAAUAUACAAGCCUUGCUUCGUGUGUCAGGACAAGUCCUCCGGGUACCACUACGGAGUCAGCGCCUGCGAGGGCUGCAAGGGUUUCUUCCGGAGGAGCAUCCAGAAGAACAUGGCGUACACCUGCCACCGAGACAAGGUGUGUGUGAUCAACAAGGUGACCCGGAACCGCUGCCAGUGCUGCCGGCUGCAGAAGUGCCUGGAAGUCGGCAUGUCCAAAGAGCUGGUGCGGAACGACCGGAUGAAGAAGAAGAAGGAGGACAAGCGUCCGCUGGAGGCCGAGGUAUACAUCCUGUCCGCAGACACCGAGCAGAUGAUCGAGGGCGUGAGGCGAGCUCAUCAGGGAACCUUCCCCUCGCUGGAGCAGCUGGGGAAAUACACCACGAGUAACAGCUCGGAGCGCCGGGUCUCCCUUGACGUCUCUCUGUGGGAUAAGUUCAGCGAGCUGUCGACUAAGUGCAUCAUCAAGACAGUGGAGUUCGCCAAGCAGCUGCCCGGCUUCACCACGCUCUCCAUCGCAGACCAGAUCACACUGCUGAAGGCCGCCUGCCUCGACAUCCUGAUUCUGAGGAUCUGCACCCGCUACACCCCCGAGAAGGACACCAUGACGUUCUCGGACGGGCUAACCCUGAACCGGACCCAGAUGCACAACGCGGGCUUCGGGCCGCUCACAGACCUGGUGUUCUCCUUCGCCAGCCAGCUGCUGCCGCUGGAGAUGGAUGACGCGGAGACCGGGCUGCUGAGCGCCAUCUGCCUGCUCUGCGGGGACCGUCAGGACCUGGAGGAGUCGGACAAAGUGGAUGUUCUGCAGGAGCCCAUGCUGGAGGCCCUGAAGAUGUACGUGAGGAGGAGGAGGCCCGACAAACCCUGCAUGUUCCCCAAGAUACUGAUGAAGAUCACCGACCUGAGGAGCAUCAGUGUGAAGGGAGCAGAGCGAGUGAUCUCCCUGAAGAUGGAGAUCCCCGGCUCCAUGCCUCCCCUCAUCCAGGAGAUGCUGGAGAACUCAGAGGGCCUAGAGGGAGCCGGGGGAGGGAAGGGAGGAGUUGGGGGUGGCGGUAAAGGAAGAGGAGGCCGAGAGGAAGAUAAACCAGAGCUCCGUCUGUCACCCCAAGCAGAUUCCUCCUCCAGCCCUGGACCUGCUCCCUGUUCCCCAUCCUCCCCCCCCCCCUCCAGCUGAAGGUUCGAACCCCCACCUGGAGGUCUACGCCCACUGGAGGCGUCAUACUGCCAGAACCCCCUCCCCAAACCCAGAGGGCAGGAGGUAUGAGGAGGUGAGGAGCGGACCUUAGAGAUGCUAAUCGCUGCAUCCUGGUUAUUGUAGGAACCAAUCAGAGCUCUGAGUGUAGAGGGAGGAACCAGGGCUUGUUCAACGGAAGACCCCACCACCCAGGAACCUGUUGGACCCUCCGCUGGAAGCUGCCUUCAAACCCAGAGCUCUGAUUGGCUCGUCAUGGUUCCGUAACGCCUCAGAGUCGUCUAAAUGAAGGAUUGUGAGGACCGAUGGAGAGGAGCAUUAUGGGAUGUUCAGUCAUCUGUAAUAUAUUGUAAAUAUAAAAACACUGAGAGGUUUUCAGACGGACUCAAACAAGAAGUUAUUUUCCUAACUAUAAAUGUGUACAGACUGUAUUCUCUCUCUCUCACACACACACACUCUGCCCCGUCACACACCUUACUUUUCUUCCUCUUGAAUCAGAAAUGAAAGAAAGAAAGAUUCAACUUUAUUGUCAUUGCACAGAGUACAAGUACUAGGACAACGAAAUGCGGUCUCUGCAUUUGACCCAUCCUAGUGUUAGGAGCAGUGGGCUGCCAUUAUGAACGGCGCCCGGGGAGCAGUGUAGGUAACCAGUGUCUUGCUCAGGGACACCACGGUGGCCAAGCCCCUAUGGACUUCGCCACCACCGCCCUGAAAUGUUAAUAUAGUGAGGGAUGUAAGAUGUGUUGGAUUUGAGGUGUAGCACAGAGACAUGAUAUGACUUCACACGCCCCCCCCCCCCAUGGUGCUACAGCAGGACUACACUUUAACAACGAUUUCAGAUUCGGGGGUCACUGCGUCCCUGCGUCGGCUCCUGCUCAGCUCUGUUCAUUAAACGUGCUGAAAACA